CCCCCUUAGCGUCGCUCCGCCGCAGGGCCGGCGGGGAGUCUCCGCGUUCCGCUGCUCUCCGUCCGGCGCCGAGUUCCUCGGCUCUCCCCGCCCCCUCCCCCAAUUCCCGCGGUCUGGCAGCGCCUGGCCGGCGGCCCGCGGGCGGGCCGCCCUACCAGCUGUAGCCCACCCGCCUCUUAAAGCGGCGGCGGGAAGAUGAGGUUCCGGGAGCCUCUGUUGGGCGGCAACGCCGCGAUGCCGGGCGCAUCCCUGCAGCGGGCCUGCCGCCUGCUCGUAGCCGUCUGCGCGCUGCACCUCGGCGUCACCCUGGUCUACUACCUGUCCGGCCGCGACCUGAGUCGCCUGCCCUAUCUGGUCGGAGUCCCCUCACCGCUGCAAGCUGGCUCGAACGGCGCCGGUGCCAUCAGGGAGCCCUCCGGGGAGCUCCGACCGCGAGGAGCAGCGCCGCCGCCACCGCCUUUGGACGCCUCCUCCGAACCGCGUCCGGGUCACGAUUCCAGCCCAGACGCGGACUUUCGCCCCGGCGCCUCGAGCAACUUGACUUCGGCCCCAGUGUCGCCCAGCACAGCACUGUCGCUGCCCGCUUGCCCUGAGGAGUCCCCGCUGCUCGUUGGGCCCCUGCUGAUCGAGUUUAAGGCGCCUGUGGACCUGACGCUUCUGGCAAAACAGAACCCCGAGGUGAAGGUGGGUGGUCGCUACGCCCCCAAGGACUGCGUCUCUCCUCACAAGGUGGCCAUCAUUAUUCCAUUCCGCAACCGGCAGGAACACCUCAAGUACUGGCUGUAUUACUUGCACCCAAUCCUCCAACGGCAGCAGUUGGACUAUGGCGUCUAUGUUAUCAAUCAGGCUGGAGACUCCACAUUCAAUCGUGCUAAGCUUCUCAACGUUGGCUUUCGAGAGGCCUUGAAGGACUAUGACUACAACUGCUUUGUGUUCAGUGACGUGGACCUCAUUCCAAUGGACGACCGCAACAUCUACCGGUGUUUCUCACAGCCACGGCACAUCUCCGUGGCAAUGGAUAAGUUUGGAUUCAGUUUACCUUACAUUCAGUUUUUUGGAGGUGUGUCUGCUCUAAGUAAACAACAGUUUCUCACCAUCAAUGGAUUUCCCAAUAAUUACUGGGGCUGGGGAGGUGAAGAUGACGACAUUUUUAACAGGUUAGUUUACAAGGGUAUGUCUAUAUCUCGCCCAAAUGCUGUGGUUGGGAAGUGUCGGAUGAUUCGCCACUCAAGAGACAAGAAAAAUGAACCCAAUCCUCAGAGGUUUGACCGAAUUGCGCACACGAAGGAGACAAUGCUCUCUGAUGGUUUGAACACACUGACCUACCAGGUGUUGGACAUAGAAAGACACCCGUUAUAUACCAAAAUCACAGUGGACGUCGGGACACCGAGCUAGCAUUUUGCUACACUGAUGAGAGACCUAAAGAUGGCCAGGGACCUCUGCUGUGUCCCUGCCAGUGUGCUGGGCUGGUCCCUCUCGUUCGUACCAAUCAGAGUGAUAGGCCCCUUUCGCUCACUCACAUGCCUUUCCAGAUGACCGGAAGGAGCCGGAUGUUCUGCCCCCAACUGGGCUCAGCGAGUGACUUCCCAACUCUGCGAGGGGUUUGUAAGCGUAGAAACUGUCAGCCUUUGGGACUUCUCAGCAUGUUCACAGUGUCACACCCCAAAGAACCCGAGCUGUAGACAGCCCCGAAUCUGGUGACCACGGGACUCGUUCCCAGUGACAAACCACUCGUUUGUUGUGAAGUGGGUAAGAACUUUGCUUCAGAUCUUAUACUGUUAUUACUUUGUGAAAAAUUGGACAGUGCUGCUGAAAUUGGAUUGGUAUGAUAUUUUUUCAUUGUCACAGUUUAACAGGAAACCAGUUUCAACCAUUUUCAUUUCACCCCCCACCCCGCACCUUUUUUUACUGCUAUACAACUAUUACAAUCACUGUGCGUGUGUCUUUUCUUAGCAAAAGAGUUUUAAAACUUGAGCCUCAGACCUUUUGCCCUGGUAACGUGUGAAUUCCAAGGCACCUGUAGCCAUCAGAGCAAAAGCCUUGGGCGCUCUCACAGUCAGUGGCCUUUCUGCAGAUUGCCUGAUUUCUGAAUGUAAAACUUUUUAAUUUAAAUAGCAGUUUGCAGUUUGUAGUACUUUAAAGUCCAAAUCCAGUUCUGAUUGAUGAUCUAGCUUGAUUUUGUGUUGAUCCAGAUUCGCAUAGCUGUUUAAUGCUAAGUCAUGGCAAUUUAUUUUUCUGAGUAUACUAUGUACACUUGAAUUACCUACAUAUUUUUAUUGUGUUUUAAAAGUGAGGAGGGGACUGAACAUUCUUUUUAGGGGGGACAAAUUCUGUAUGCUGUAGUGGCCACAAACCAGCCUCCAAUUUAGCUGGCGGGCCAGGUUUUGUGAAAAUCAAAAUCACCUUUGGGCCCUUCGAAGAGGGCACGGCCUCCCGGGACCUCUGCAGGAAGGCAGAGCUCCCCACCUCCUUACCCUCGCCAGGUGGGCAGGGUGGCGGGAGCCUCCCCCACCUCCUUGGACUGACCACUCCCUUCACCCCCAAGACCUGGGCUGUGGAGUUGUAAAUGACAGCGGUCAGGUCUGUUUACUGGCCCUUGGCCUGGGGAGGUGGAGGGAACCUCAGUUCUGGCCCCUGGGGUCUAGGGGCUGCCUCCCUUGGAGGUUCUGCCCCACACUGCCUGUCCCGCCUCGCAGGACCGGUUCUCCUUCUUCCUCCCCCUUCCACCCUCCCCCCUUUUUGUUCCUUUGCUUCUUGCCUGUUCCCUAAAACUUGCCUGUGGCACUCAGGGUCAAACAGACUAUUCAUUCUCGAGCAUGAGCGUGCCUUUUAAUUAGAAACAGAAAGUCAGCUGAAUCCACCCACACUCUCCCACAGCCACUCUGGUGCCUAAAGCCUCCCUUUCCCUCUCAGGUUUUUAGUGGGCGCCCCCACUCCAGGAGGCUGACCCAUGGAGCUGUCUUCUCAAAAUCCACCUCUGCUGGGAGAGACUUAGCCUGCUUGGGGAAAGAUGCAUGAGGUAGUUUCUACCACUGGGUGCCCUUGCUGGGUCCAGUCUGGGCUAAGGACCUGCGACUCAGCCCUUUAAUCCCAGGGUUGACUUUUCAGCUGAUGGCAGCUGGGACCCCCACCACGGAUCUGGGACCCAGCGCUCAGUGUGGAGGCUGAGUUGGUGCCCAGCCCCAGUUUUCUCUGUGCCUUUACUGCUUCGAGCAUCUGAGAUGCUAACUUGUUUUUUCCAGAAGCCUUUGUAUUGAUUAAAGUUUAUUCACCACUGCAAAAGCAUUUGGGCUAUGCAAAGAGUAUUCCUUCUGUCAGUUCCCGUUCCUUAAUAGCGAUGUUAAUAAAAGUCAGAGCAACUGCACUGAGAGGAGUUUUGGGAAAUGCAAGGAGUGAAGGCCCCUCUUUCUGACCCCAGAUCCCAACUUUUCCAAAGUGCCUUAUAAGAAAGGAGACAGAUACCCUGGAGAGUAACUUCUGUGUUACUUACUUUACUCUUUAAAAAAAAAAAUUCAGACUUAAAAAAAUGUUUUUUGUUGCAUUUUCCUUUAUGUUACAUUGGAAUAUUCAAGUACAUCAUGGUUCAUUCUCAGUACCAAGGGAAAUCCUACGUCAUCUGUUCCUCAUCCGCCGACCCCGAGUGCUCUCAUGGGGGCCACCCGGGCCCCAGGCCAGGCCUGGGUGCUUGCCUGGUUCAUGAGAUGCUCUUGGUCCUGUUUCCUCCCUGGGGAGUUCAGGACAGAGGGUUCAGGGAGCAUUUCCUUUACCUGGAAGUCGUCAUCAUACAGUUGUCACACACUGUGCCUUUAUUUCUGUUCUCGUUGCUGGUGACCCUGGAAAGUGGUUUCUGGGAAAACAAUCAGAGGGCAGAGGUGGCCCAGGAGGGUAAAGAAAAUGCCAGUGCCGCUCUCAGCCUGGGCAGGAUCUCUGCUGACCUCAGGGCUGGCCAUGGGGCGACCCCACAGCCGGGACAGCAGCUUUCCUGUCCUGGAGACCCGUUGUGCUGUGUCAUGAUUUCCUGUGUGUGCAAAUAAAUGUAUGUAUUUACCAUUGUAAUGUUGCGGGGGGGUCCUGAAUUUGGUGUUCAAAACAGAACUGUAUUUUUGCUUUUAAAAUCCAGUAAUAUAACAUGAAUAAAUGUCCCUAUCUUUGUAA